UCGGAGAAGGACUAAAAGCAGAAGAACCCGACAUGAUGAAUAUUCUUCCGGAGAUGAUAACUCCUUGAAAUUACGGUCCAAAAGUGGCAGGAAAGACCGUCGCACUAAGAGUGACGAGGAUAUUCUACGAGCUCGAAAAGCUCAGAGGGGACCACUUGAAAACAACGCAAGGAAGAAAAAGUCGUCGAAUCCACAGGGAUCUGAUAACAAAAUUGACCAGCGCUCAAGAAAAAUGAUUAGGAGUCAUACUCGGGGUAAAGGUUCAACAGAUACAAAUAGGAAUUAUUUACAGGCUAGAGAUAUGUCGAACAAUGGUGACCACAUUAGUUAUGGUAGAGGAGCUAAAGCUGCUGAUUCCCGCUCCUGUAAAAGUGGUAAAACAAUAGGUUCUUGUAAAUCAACCGAUGGAAAGGCUAAAUUAACAGAUAUAGGGCGAAGCGUAAAUGCCGCUGACUGGAUGCGACUGCGUCUUGAAGAAAAGGAUCGGUUUCGAAACCUCACAGCGAAACCUCCUUUUGAUUCCUCAAAAUCACAAACUCUAGACCAACAGUGCCGUAAGGAAUCCAAAAACCCUACUCCAUGUUGCCAUGUAACUCAUCCCCGAAUAUCAUGCAAAGCGCGCGUUUGUUGUUGUCCGUCACCCAGUUGAAGUUCCUACAUAUAUGUAUAUCUCCUCAGAAGUCUUGAAAAACAAUAUGUAUUUUAUUCCAGGACGGCGGUCUACACAUGAAUGACAUUCCCUUAUCCUAGUUUAUUUCGGUCCCAUUUGUGCUUCUUGUCGUGUUUUUUGUAGUCGAAAGUGAAAUUUCAACAUAGGAAGUUUGUCAAAAAUUGUGGGCAAG